AUUAUUAUUAUCAUUAUCUACAAUCAAAUCAUAUGAUUCCUGCUUUCGCCAGUACUCGAAACCUCCACGGCUGCUGCACUCCGCUUUUGUAUCUCUGGUCAGAUUCACUCUACGCUUCCAAGUUCGAAAGAUGAGUUUCGCGAAGAAAGAGUACGAGUUCCUGAAGGAGAUAGGGAUUGAGCCACGCAAUCUCGGUUGUUAUGUCAAUGGAUCAUGGAAGGGGAGUGGUCCGACGAUCAGCUCCGUUAAUCCUGCUAACAAUCAGGCAAUUGCUGAAGUUUCAGAAGCUUCCACCAAAGAGUAUGAGGAAGGCAUGCAAGCUUGCUCUGAGGCAGCAAAAACGUGGAUGCAAAUUCCUGCACCGAAGAGAGGUGAGGUUGUUAGACAGAUUGGUGAUGCAUUGAGAGCCAAACUUCAGCAACUUGGUCGACUUGUAUCCCUAGAGAUGGGAAAAAUACUUGCUGAAGGAAUUGGGGAGGUUCAGGAAAUAAUUGAUAUGUGUGAUUUUGCUGUGGGGUUAAGCAGACAGCUGAAUGGAUCAGUCAUACCAUCAGAACGUCCAAAUCACAUGAUGCUUGAGAUGUGGAACCCCCUUGGAAUAGUGGGUGUAAUUACUGCUUUCAAUUUUCCAUGUGCUGUUCUUGGAUGGAAUGCUUGCAUUGCGCUAGUUUGUGGCAAUUGUGUAGUUUGGAAAGGUGCUACAACAACGCCUUUAAUUACGAUUGCUAUGACAAAGAUAGUGGCUGGAGUUCUAGAAAAGAACAAUUUACCUGGUGCUAUUUUUACUUCUUUUUGCGGUGAUGUUGAAAUUGGUGAAGCAAUUAGUAAAGAUUCUCGUAUACCUCUGGUUUCAUUCACUGGAAGUUCAAGGGUGGGUCUAAUGGUCCAAAAAACAGUAAGUGAGAGAUUUGGUAAAUGCUUGCUCGAACUAAGUGGAAAUAAUGCUAUUAUUGUCAUGGAUGAUGCUGACAUUCAACUUGCUGUUCGGUCUGUUCUAUUUGCUGCUGUUGGAACAGCAGGUCAGCGUUGUACAACAUGCCGUAGACUGCUACUCCAUGAAAAUGUAUACCGAGCAGUACUUGACCAACUGCUCGAAGUAUAUAAACAAGUUAAAAUAGGUGAUCCUCUGGAGAAGGGUACCUUACUUGGGCCGCUGCAUACUCGCACUGCAACGGAGAAUUUUGAGAAGGGAAUAGAGAGAAUCAAAUCUCAGGCAUGGAAGAUCCUUACUGGUGGUUCAGCAAUAGAGUCUGAAGGAAACUUUGUGCAGCCCACAAUAAUUGAAAUUUCACCAAAUGCUGAUGUUGUGAAAGAAGAACUGUUUGGUCCUGUUCUCUACGUUAUGAAAUUUCAGAAUCUAGAAGAAGCGAUUCAAAUAAACAACUCAGUACCUCAAGGAUUAAGCAGUUCUAUAUUCACUCGCAAACCUGAGUAUAUUUUCAGAUGGAUUGGGCCCCGAGGGAGUGAUUGCGGUAUCGUGAACGUUAAUAUACCAACAAAUGGUGCCGAAAUUGGCGGUGCUUUCGGUGGUGAAAAAGCCACAGGUGGUGGCCGUGAAGCCGGAAGCGACUCUUGGAAGCAGUACAUGAGGCGCUCGACAUGCACAAUCAAUUACGGGAAUGAGUUACCAUUGGCACAAGGAAUCAACUUUGGUUAGCUGCUCUGCCCUUUUAUAUAUAUGCCUUACUUUAGGCCUCAGUCAUGAUGUUUGUAUUACGACUUUGUUCGUUUCUUCCAUAAACACAAACAUACAACUGCCUACCGCAACCUUUCUUGGCUCUGACCUGAAGAUGAGAAGGUGGAGUGGGGUUCUAUGCUUAAUAUAAAUAAAUGAAUCGGGUCGGGUUGGGUCUAAUUUCAGUCCAAUCCUUUCCAAA